AGCUAACAGGGAUCCAGUGGCGUUUCCCUGUCAUGAUGAAGAUGAGGAUGAGGAGGAGGCGCAGCUCCUCUUCAUCUCUCCUCCUCAGACAACCGUCAUUUCCCAGAUCAGUACUCACACGUGCGUGUGCGUAUAUAAAAACCGAGAACUUACCGAGACCCCGCGCCGCAGCAGCGAUCCAGAGGAAAAGGAGGAAAACGGGAUGAAGUUUGACCAAAAUCAUUCUCAGUUCGAAACCCGCCGCUCGCGCUUUACAGUCGCGUUCACGUGAAACGUUGGCAAACGACUAAUGAGGCGAAGGGUUCAUGGAGACGGAGAAACGACGGGAGCUGAAGGGACACGACUGCUGGCUUCACUGACCGUCAGUCUUCUUUGGAGGUUCCUCCCAACGGCAGCUUGCAUCCAAGGGGCUGCGUUACUGCCUCCUGCUGGAGGGUCCUUACGCCUGCACUGUCCUGGGUGUCACAUGGUCAGAUUGGUGUGCGUUCGUGUCAAAGCUUGAAUUUACUGUAGCAGUUUUAUAAUAAUAAUAAUAAUAAGAAGAAGAAGAAGAAGAAGAAGAAGAAGAAGAAGAAGAAGAAGAAGAAGAAGAAGAAGAAGAAGAAAAAGAAGAAGAAAUUAUCAUUAUUAUCAUUAUUGUUAUUAUUCAGGGUAGUCGUGCUAGCUUAUCCACUCAGAUAAUAACUUUUGUGGGAUUAUAAUAGUAAUAUUGCUAAUAACAAUACGUAUUAUUAUUAUUGUUAUUAUUAUUCUUAUUAUUGUUGUUGUUGUUGUUGUUAAACAUAAAAUGAGAAAACAACGUUUCAUUAACAUUACAAAACAAAAUCUGGGUAAGACAUAAAUUGUUUAGAAUUAGACUGAUUGAUAACUUUACUUGUAGAUCAAGUAUAAACACAUUUUUUAAUCCUGUUAUUCUGGUAAAUUUAUCUUCCAAUUUACAGAAUGUGUUUACAUAUAUUUUUUAUCAAACUCAAAAUAAUCUGAUAGCUGUGUUGUGGCCAUGAACAGGAAACACACAUUGCGUUACACAAUAAUAGGAAGUGGUCUUCGAUAGGUGUCAUAAUUUUCAAAUAGAGUUUAAAUCAAACAGAUUAUCUGUGGCAUCCUGACUGGUUCUGGUCUUUUCUGUUUAGAACUAUGUUUCCUGUUUGUAUAAAUAAUCCAAGGUUUUUAAAUCAGACCGUAUGACAGACUGUGACUCUACAGCUUCCUCUGUGGGAUACUGCCUCCAUCCUGACGUCAGCUGGAUGUGGGAUUGUUUUUCCUCCCCAUCCCAGUCUCAGCCGGACGCAUUCAGAAGAUCAGCUCUUCAGCAGCGGCCUGAGGAUGUCCUGUGUUGUGCUGUCGUUGGCCUUGGAUGAGUUUUGUCCUGAAACUACAUGAGACGAGAAGUGGCUCAGGUUUACACAGCACCCUUCAUGACCAGUCAACAUGCGGCCUGAGCCUCUCCUCCUGCAGCAGUGAUGGCCGCCCUCAGCCCUCCUGCUCCUCUCCUCUGUGUGCUGCUGUGUGUGUCUCUGGCCCUGCAGCGCUCGGACCUGCGUCUGGCUUACGUGACCCACAACAGCUUCUUCUACUACUCCUGCAGCCAGGACCCGCAGCCCUGCAGCGUCUCCUCGCUGACUGACUGCAGAUGCAAGGACAUCCAGCUGUCCACGCUGCACCACCCGCAGUCCCACUCCUCUCCUGUUUUCCGGAUGAAGAGUCUGACGGUCUGGUUCACGUCGCCCUCGAACACGGCGCGUCUGCUCAACAACUCGGAGGUGAGGCACCUGACUCUGAUCCACUGUGGUGCCGGGGGUUCCGGUGGGAUGUCCCCUGCUCCCCUGGAGGGACAUUUCGCUGUGCAGCAUCUGGAGAGGCUGACGGUGGUGAACCUGCAGAAGCUUCACCACCUUCCAGAAGCAAACAGUGACACAGACGGAGACAACAGUGCUCAUCUGGACUCAAAUCGAUACAACCUGGACCGAGACACGUUCCUGGACCUGAUAGCAGACAUGAGGAGAGAUUCCCUGGAUCCGUCCACACCCCAGAUCCAGGACAUCUUCCUGGGAAGGGAGCUGGGAGCAGCGUACCAUGAACAGGCCAGACUGGGGAUCCUCCACAGCUCCGUGCUGGGGUGGGGGGCAGUGGUCAAAGCCUACACGGUCCAGACGCACAUAGACAGUGACGGAGAGCUGCCAUUCCCUGACCUCCACCUGCCCAAAUUACCAGUGGCAUCCGUCAUAUACGUCAGCUUUGUGUACUGACCCCAGGCCUCUGUCUGAGAGGUGCUGCUGGGAACCACAGCAGGAAGAAGAGACUGUUACAGACCAGGAAUCAGGAGCUGUCCUCGUUUACAUCAAAUGUUAAAAGUCUGUCCACACGUCAGCUGUGAAAAUAUAGAAAUCUGCCCCAUAAAACUUUGUGAAAGAGGAAACAAAGUGAGUGACACAGUGAAACCAGCAGAAAGUUUUUCAAAUCAUCCUUUUAUUUAGUUUAAAAGUUCUUUCCUUGUCAAAUUCCCAGGACAGAAAUUGAGAUUUGUUUUUCUUCUUCCGAAAGCUUUAAUCAUAGUUUUUUCCCAGAGUGAGAAAUGUGCACAGCUGUUUAUCAGCAUGUAAGAACAAACCAUGUCGACUAAUGAGAGAGCCUCUGAGGGACGGGAACAGUCUGCCAGCCUCCUCCAGCUGGAGGGUCCUUUGUUUCCAAAUGAUGUUUAUACUGAAUUGAUGGAACAAUCCCCAAAACAAGUGUUCAACAGUCGAGCAUUUGUCCUUUUUAUUCCCUUGUUUUUCAGUCUCUAAAUUGAGCGUCGUGUCCCCGAAACCAGAAUCUGAUCCAGUUGCAGAAUUCACACUGAAUAUAAGGCCAGAGGUUUUUUUUUCUGCCUGCAAGAAUUAAAUCUUCUCAUUUGAAGAUUAAUACAAUCUGAACUGUUUAUCCUCAACCCUCCCGAAGGAGAAAUAAUGAGAAUUAAUCCAAGAGAAAUUAUUCUACAGUUGGAAUUUGGUCACGGAAACAAAUGUUAUAUAUUGUUCAUGUUAUUGUGCCUCAAGUUUUCUUUGGAUAUUAAUUCUUACUCAAGAAUCUCAUUACUUGAGACGAAUAAAGUUUAGUGGACGGACACAGGAAUAGGAGCAUUUUAAGAUUUUAGAUAUGAUUUAAGAGGAUGGCUAUUUCUCUUGAGCUAAAUUUAAGAAAUAUGAGAAAAUAGUCUGAAUCUCAACUUGAUCUUGUAUUGGGCUCAGUUAUGUGUAGGUAUGACCCUCACACGAUAAGAGGUAUAUAUAAUGGAUGGAUUUAUUACCAUGGACAGAAUGAUAUACUGUGACAUACAGUAAUAACUCAAGAAUAUGAUUAGUUUCAAACAUGAGGGUAAAAGAUUCAUUUGAAAAGUGAUGCUCAGUUUUCACUCGAACACUGAUCACCAGCGAUAAACAGAGGGAAUAACUUGAUAAUAAUCCUCAGUGUGAUCAAAGAUGGAUAGAGGUCAUCUGAUCCUGACCUCUGACCUCUGACCUUUGCCCUCUGGGUCUCUGUCAUUAAGGUUUCCUCUUUAUCCAAAUGUUAUUCUAAAGAAGCCUGUCACUGGAGUUGUGUUUCAGCAUUCAACCACACGGUGGCAGAAGAUACAUGCAAAUCAGAGCGAGUGACUCAAACUGAGGCGAAGGAGACUGAGCUAUUUUUCUGUCAUGUUUUUAAAGCGAUCCACAUUCUACAAACUUCUACAUACAUGACACUCAGCACUUUAAAAGCGUGUGAGGAAUGUUUUUUAAUGACAGAGGUACAUUGUUAAGUGUGACCUGAUAUUUAUUUGUGUAAAAGAAAAUAUAUUAGUGUCAUUGGCUGCACUUGUUUUAAACAGAAAUAAAUGAUUUAGUGACCUGUA